AUGCGCGCGGUCGCUAUCUCACUCCUCAGUGCCACCCUGGUUUCGGCCACCGUGCUCGAUGCCCGCGCCACCUGCCCACAACUUCACAUCUUCGGCGCGCGCGAGACCACCGCGCCUCCCGGCUUCGGCACAGCGGGUCCUGUCGUCCAGUCAAUCAUGAACGCCUUCCCAGGUUCCACCUCCGAAGUCAUCAACUACCCCGCGUGCGGUGGUCAAGCAUCAUGUGGCGGCGUCAGCUACGCCAACUCGGUCAUCCAAGGCAUCCAGGCCGUGACGAACCAAGUCAACUCCUUCAACGCGCAAUGCCCCAACACGCAUCUCGUGCUCGUUGGGUACUCGCAAGGCGGUCAGAUCUUCGAUGACGCUUACUGUGGCGGAGGCGAUCUCAACGAAGGGUUCACCAACACGGCUAUCCCGAUCUCGGCGGCGGCGCAGAAGAAGAUCGCUGCGGCUAUCUUCAUGGGCGAUCCGCGUCAUAUCCCGGGGUUGAGCUUCAACGUCGGCACAUGCCAGGCAUCCGGAUUCGCACCGCGUCCGGCUGGCUUCCAGUGCCCAUUCGCCGCAAACAUCCAGUCGUACUGCGAUGCGCCGGACCCGUUCUGCUGCAACGGCAACAACCCCGCUGUGCAUCAGGGUUACGCAGUCGAGUUCGGCUCCGCCGCGCUCACGUUCGUCAAGAACAAGUUGGCUGCUGCUGGAUUGACAUGA